UUUUAACAAAUUUCAUAUAAAAAAUUCCUUCUUGAGGUCUCGUCGUUCGGCGUCUUUACUUGGAACCCAAUCCCUGUCCAAUUUCAGCCGUCGUACCUGCAUCCCGGCGAGCACUUUCGGAGAAGGAUACUAUUCUUGCCAACUUAAGAACGCCCGCUUGCUGUCUCUGGCUGCAGUUGGACUUUCAUCAACUGGGUGGGCUCUACUUGUUAUAAAAUAAAAAAAAAAAUUUUUGUAAAUACGCAGCAAUGUCCGGGGCCAGCUUCAAAGUCUAAACCUUGAAGGCCUCUGGCUCGCUUUCUUCACAGAAGCAAAGUGCCCGCUCCUCAAUUUCGCAGCAGCUCAAUCUCCACGCAUCACAGAAGCAAUCCAUCACUCUCUCUCUCCCCCACUCUGACGACAUGAGGAAACAGUUGAGCACAAAACGAGGAUUGGGGAGGUGCAGGAGGCAUGGAAUGCCUGAGCCUGAGAAUUUUAACACGAGGAAACAUGUGAAAAGGAAUGGUCAUAUUGAAGAAGCAGCUGCUUAUAGCCCAUCUUCGCAUUCCUCAGGGGAUUUAUCUGAAGAGAACUCUACUGCUGUUACUUCAGGAGAAGUAAAUCAAAAGGAGUCAUCAAUAUAUGAUAGUUUGUUGAUGAAACUACAAUCAUGUAACAAAUCUCUUUAUGAUGCUUGCAAGAAGAGAAAAAGAGAAGAAGAAGGUAAAAGUGACUCAGAAGAAGAAGAUGACUCUGGAUCUCUUAGUGUUUCCAAUGAGGAAGAUAGUGGUGAAGAAGGAACUGAUAAUGAAAGAAGUCAUAUUAUAGAUAGUAAAUUGCAAGAGCCUAGCAUGAUUAGCAUCGUGGACAAGAGUGAAGAUGCUGAAUCAGAAGAUGAUCAUGAGGCUUCUGAUGCAGAUCAAGAGAACAACUUGGGUGUCAAUAUCGAAACUGAUGUUAAGGCAUCAAUGCCUACAAGUUCUUUUCACGAUCACUUGGGCCAAAAGAUAUCAGAGGGAGAGAUUGAGAAUCUAUCAAACAAAAAGUGGGAGUAUAAAUGGGAGGUGCCUGCAUUUGACAUGUCAAAUUGCAAGUGGAUAGGGACAGGGAAGUGUUUUCUAAAGGGUGUUGACAUCGAUUCUAAUUAUGGUGUAAAGCAAAGAUUAUUUAAGCACUGGUUGGAUGAUUACAAAAUAAGUGGAGGCAAUGACUUUCAUUCAUCUAAGCAGAGAUUGUUCUUCUCCCUUUGUAACAGCUACAGGGAUAUACUGCACUGUAACAAGAAACCCUUUUAUCUCAAAGGUUUGGAAGAGGAUUCCAGUAUCAUGGACGCUUAUAUUAUGCAUUCUCUGAAUCAUGUAUUCAGAACUAGAGAUCUUAUAAGAAAGAAUGAUUCAAAAAUGGAAAAGCAUCAAGAGAGUGCUGGGGAUGAAUCACUUACUGUUGAUGGUUUCCUUGAUCAUGGAUUUACUCGUCCAAAGGUUUUGAUCUUAUUGCCUUUUAGAAAUAUAGCACUUCGGGUUGUUAGGAGGCUAAUACAACUGACGCCUCAAGCAUACAAGGUCAAUGUAGAGCAUGCUGAUCGUUUCUAUAAUCAGUUUGGAACACGGGAUGAUGAAGAAAUUGUAGAUGGUGAUGAAUUCAUGCAAAAUGUUGGAAAUUCAAAACGUUCGAAGUCUUCAAAACCAUGCGACUAUAAAGCACUUUUUAGUGGAAAUUAUGAUGAUGACUUUAUGAUAGGCAUUAAGUUCACAAGGAGGAGCAUAAAAUUAUACAGUGAUUUCUAUUCCUCCGACAUGAUUGUCGCUUCUCCUCUCAACUUGCAUGCUAGAAUUGAGAAGGCCAUACUUGACAAGGAAACAGAUGUUGAUUAUCUUUCUUCCAUAGAGGUUCUUGUUAUUGAUCAUGCAGAUGUAAUAACAAUGCAGAAUUGGAACUUUCUCACUAAGGUUCUCGGACAAUUGAACCAUAUACCUUCUAAGCAACAUGGGACUGAUAUUAUGCGAAUUAGAAAGUGGUAUCUGGAUGGAAAUGCAAGAUUUUAUCGGCAAACAAUUGUUUUAGGUCAUUAUGUAAACCCAGACAUUAAUGCUUCAUUCACUCACCAAUGUGCUAACCACCAAGGGAAGGUAAAGUUAGUUUGCGAGUAUAAAGGUGUUCUUUCAAAAGUCUUACUCCAAGUGCGACAGGUUUACGAGCGAUUUGAUGUAAACUCAGUGGCAAAUGUUGAUGAUGCUCGUCUUGAAUAUUUCAUUAAAAUGGUGUUCCCAAAGAUCAAAGAUUCUACUCAGGGAGGAAUUAUGCUAUUUAUUAGUUCUUACUUCGAAUAUGUGAGACUUCGCAACUAUUUGAAGUCACAGAAUGCAUCUUUCUGCGUACUAGCAGACUACACUGAACCGAGUGACGUAUCUCGUGCUCGAGUUUGGUUUUUUGAAGGGAGAAAGAAGAUCAUGCUUUAUACCGAGAGAGUUCAUUUCUUCCACAGAUAUAAGAUUCGGGGCAUUCAAAACUUGAUUAUCUAUUCUCUUCCGGAGAGGAAGGAGUUCUAUCCUGAGGUGGUUAACAUGCUUGAAGGGGCCAAUAACAUGACAUGCACUGUACUUUUUUCUCAAUUUGAUCAAAUACGGCUGGAAAGAAUCGUUGGAACUGCUUCUGCAAGAAGGAUGAUCAAAUCGGAAAAGAAUGUCUUUUUAUUCUGUUAGAAGACCUGUUCGUUCUCUAUAAAGUUUCACUACUGCAACAUGGAAAGUCUGGAAGCUCGACGGGCUAACCAAAACCAUUUGAUUGCUAACAACUCAUCUGGCAGAAGAAUUGAUAUAAUUAGCUUAGAAUGACAAAAUUAUGAUGGUAGCAUUCUAAGAGGGAUUUUCCCAAAAAAAAAAAAAGUGUGGGUGGGAGGCCAAAGCAGAAGAUAAAAGGGCUUUGGUUACUUAGAAACUACUAGUUAUUAGUGUUUUAUUUUUUUUCUUGGUUUCAUUGAAUAACUAAUAGAUUUUAUAAUUAUUAAAUUAAUAAUUUUUUUAUUGUUUUA